AUGCGCGCGCAUAAAUACGUCCGCGCUGCCAACCGGCCUCAGUCAAUUUCGGAGUGCCGUGCCAGGUGCUCGUCCCUGUCAACCAGAACGCAACGCAACGCUACGUACGAGCGCGCGACUUUGAAACCACUACCAAGGAUCUCAAUAUCCACAAACAUGUCUGACGCCGCACAUGGUCAAGUCGAAGCAAAGGCGGAAACAGUUACUGAGGCCCCGAAAGACAACCCCAAGAUCCUCUCGGGGCCGGUGCUGACCAACUCGCCGAACGCCGUGCUGUCGAAAACGCUGCUCGGCAGGUACAAUGACCUGCCGCUGCCCGCUGAUCGGAUCCUCGCCACUUACAUCUGGAUCGACGGCACCGGGGAACACCUGCGGUCCAAGGAUCGCACCUUAACCUUCAUUCCCAAGCGGCCUAGCGACCUGCCCGACUGGAACUUCGACGGCAGCUCGACGGGCCAGGCGGACGGCCACAACUCCGACACAUUCCUGGUGCCGCGCGCCAUCUACAAGGACCCGUUCAGGCGCGGCAACCACAUCCUCGUCAUGUGCGACACGUUCACCUACAACAUGAAGCCGACCGAGAGCAACCACCGCGUCAAGUGCGAGGAGGCGUACAACGAGUGCAAGGACGAGGAGCCCUGGUUCGGCAUCGAGCAGGAGUACAUCCUGCUUGACUCUGACCUCAGGCCGUUCGGCUGGCCCCCAGGCGGCUGCCCGCCCCCGCAGGGCCCCUACUACUGCGGCGUCGGGGCCAACAAGGUGUUCGCGAGGGACCUAGUCGAGGCACACUACAGGUGCUGCCUGUACGCGGGGGUCCCGAUAGCGGGCACGAACGCGGAGGUGAUGCCCUCCCAGUGGGAGUUCCAGGUGGGCCCCUCGGUGGGGGUGGGCGCCGGCGACGACCUCUGGAUCGCGCGCUACAUCCUGCACCGGCUCGCCGAGGAGUACGGCGUGAUUGUGACCUUCGACCCGAAGCCGGUGCAGGGCUGGAACGGCUCCGGCGCCCACACCAACUUCUCCACGAAGAAGAUGCGCGGCCCCGACGGCAUCAUAGAGAUCGAGAAGGCCAUAGACAAGCUGUCCAAGGUGCACAUGAAGCACAUCAAGGUGUACGACCCGCGCGGCGGCAAGGACAACGAGCGCCGCCUCACCGGCCUCCACGAGACCGCCAGUAUUAACGACUUCAGCGCCGGCGUGGCGAACCGCGGCAGCAGCAUCAGGAUACCGCGCCUCGUAGCGCAGGACAGGUGCGGCUACUUCGAGGACAGGCGGCCGGCUUCGAACUGCGACCCUUACGCCGUGGUGAACGCCCUCAUGCGCACCUGCAUACUGAACGAA